AUGGUCAACGAAAAUAAACCAACUGAACUUUCUAGUAAAGAUUUUGCCGAAAAAAGUUUAGGACAUAGAUUUCCCAAUUAUACUCUUUUUCGCAAUGAGUUGAAAAAUAGACUGGGAGAUGUUAUUCUCAAAGUUGUUUUAAAAGUAGUAGAAGAUGCGGAAGGAAAGAAAGUUACAAAAUUUGAUUUAGUUGAAUCAAAAAAGGGAUUAACUGAUGUCUCUUCUCAAUUUGGUGGUAAAACUACUAGUGGGGAUGCCUCAAAAUAUCAGGUUAUGUCCAAAGAAUUAACCCAAAGGACUGACCAAUAUGGAAAGGUUUCAACUUUCGACCAAAAAUCAGAUACUAAUAUUACCACUCAUAAAGGA